AUUUUUCUCGAAAAAUCUUUACAUAUUGAGAGCUCAUUUUUAUUACUCGUGCCAAAUUUUUUACUACCAAAAAAAAUUCGAAAUGUCUUUAAUUCCAUUUGCAAGAAUGUGUAGUUGGGAUCCAUGGUCAAUUGCACCUCAAAUGCUCUAUAACCAAGGAUUAGGAAUGGAUUUAAUGGAAAUGGAUCGUGAAAUGAGGGGCUUGGCCAAUUCAAAAUUUGGAUUUUCUGAGAUGAAUGUUGACAAUAAACAUUUUGAGGUAAAACUUGAUUGCCAUCAUUUUAAACCAGAGGAAAUGAAUGUUAAAGUUAAAGAUAACAUGGUUACCAUUCAUGCCAAACAUGAAGAAAAACAAGAUGAUCAUGGAUAUAUUUCAAGAGAAUUUACUAGAAAGUAUACAUUGCCUCCAGGUUGUGAUCCGACCAAGUUAAAAUCACAAUUAACUCAAGAUGGAAUGCUGGUUGUUGAUUGCCCUAGGCAAAUGGUUGAAGAAAAAGGUGUUAGAAACAUACCAAUUGAAAGAUCAACAUCCAGUCGUCAAGCUAUAAAGCAUAAUUAAUUUUUUUAUUGAUAAAUUGUUCAAUAUUAACUUAUAUUAUUUUGAGUUAUAUAAUUAAUAUAUCAUAUUAGUAAAUUAUAUUAGAAAUAACAAAUUUUUAUUUAAAAUUAAAUUCAAUAAAAUCUUUAAUAUAUUUUAA